UUUAAUAGGAAUUUUGCCGCAGCUUCAGUUUAGUUUGAUUUAAUCAAUUACGGACACCGCAAGUACGCGCAGGCGAGUUACAGUCCAGUGCCAGUGAUCAUCCGCAAUUCCCGUCGCAAUGCAGCACUACAGUUCAGCUUCCAUCUUAAUUUGCCUCGUGUUGGUGUACAGUGUUGUGCGUGGUGCACCGAACGAUGGAAAAUAUAAUCCGAGAAAGUACAGCAAAAAUGGAAAAUAUGUACAUAGAAAUGAAGGCAUAGGAGAUUACGUGGAGGAUCUGAACCGGUACCGGUAUGUGCAUUACGAUGAUGGCGAUCGGGGCAGAUACUUCCACAUACACAUACCGUAUGAUGGUGGCUAUGGGAAUUAUGAAGGUGGACACGAACCUUACCGUUUCCCACCGUACGAUCCGGCGGGAGAAUAUGCGGAACAAGUGAACAAGUAUUCGUACGAUCCGUUCAGAGCGAACUCGUACGACAUUCAGAAACCUUCCAUCUAUCUUGAGUACGGUGUUCCCUCCGUGUCGGAAACAAACACCGCAUCCAGUGAUGUGCGGAAGUCGUUGCUUCCCGGUCCAGGCACGGCGUACCUCCCAGUACCAGAAUCGGACGAGCUGGACGUACGCAAAUCGCUACUUCCCGGUCCCGGAACAGCGUACCUGCCCGUACUAACGUCCAAGGAGCAAAGUCUUGCGAUCGGUUUGUCCGAAAAGCGAACGAAAGUUCUUCCCCAUCCGAACAGCAUCGAUGGAAUCGAUCACCUGACGACGACGGUCCAUGAUAGCUCGGUGCGUGCCACAACGACACAGUCACCGAUUGAGACGACAACCGUCCCUAAUAUAGGUACCGAUCGGCCGGCCACCGAUACGCUGCACAACCAACCCUGCUUCGCAACGAGCGGCCCGCUGAAGCUUGUCACCAAAACGUGACGUUUGAAUGAAAGCUUCGGCAAGCUUUCGGAUGACCGCCGCAUGCCGCCUAAUACUGCGAUGAUCCACUUUGUUAGUCUGAUAAGCGAAUGAUCUGUAGUUUUUUGAAAGUUGUUGCCCCACAUAAACAUAUCGCCACACACAAAGUCAAA